GUGUUUGGACCACCCUCUACUGUUCUCCUAGAGGACAGGGUUUUGCUUGUGCCAUCGCAGCACGCAGGGCCUUCAUUCUCAAUGAGAGCAGGGACAGAGGGAGACUGGGUGUGAGAGGAGAAUGGAGAGCAUGAACUUGCGUACGAAACACAAUUAGGGCACCAAGCUGGGUCUAACCUGCACCUCCUGGACCUCUGACUGAGCCCACUGUACAGAUCUUACGCUUGUUGACUGAUAAAGAGAGGAGGAACCAUGGGACCUAGAGCAUGGACUCUAUUUAUCUUGUUUGGUCUUUCUCUCUGGAGCAACAGCCAAGCCCUCACCAAGCACCCCAUCCUCUCUCGGAUACGAAGGGCUCCAGAAGCCAAUGGAGAAAACAAGAAGUGCUCUUACACCUUCCUGGUUCCUGAGCAGAAAAUCACAGGACCCAUCUGCGCCGCUCGAGGUUAUUCAACCGACAAGGACCGAGUGACACGUCUGGAUGUGGCUGGAGUGCGUGACCUCCUGUCAAAGCAGCGUCGGGAGAUGGAGACUUUGAAGCUGGUGGUGGAUGUGGACGGCAACUUGGUGAACGAGAUGAAGCUGUUGAGGAAAGAGAGCAGGAAUAUGAACUCUAGAGUGACCCAGCUCUACAUGCAGCUGCUGCAUGAGAUCAUCAGAAAGAGAGACAACUCACUGGAGCUAGCACAGCUGGAGACGCGCAUCCUAAAUGCUACAACUGAGUCACUGCGGUUGGCCUCCAGGUAUAGGGAACUAGAGGCCAAAUACGCAGCACUGUCUGCUGUAGUGAACAACCAGUCAGUGCUGAUUGGGGCUUUGGAGGAGCGUUGUAUGCAGGUGUAUAGUCGCAGGCAUGAGCAGCCCCCCAUGGGACCUCCACUGGUGCAGGUGGUGCCUGAGAAUAUACCUGUUAACGUGCCACGUUUCACUAAUGAGAUCCAAAGGGACAAUACUCGAGGGUUUGCAAGGGGCUCUCGAUCUGGGCCGUCACCGACGAGUGGCACCCUGGAAGUUCAGAAACCUCCACAGAGAAACUUCAGUGCUGAAGGCCCGUUCAGAGACUGCCUGGAUGCGCAGGAAGCUGGCCACAGCACCAGCGGCAUGUAUCUGAUCAAACCAGAUGAAGCAGAGAGGCCAGCGCAGGUUUGGUGCGAACAGGACAUCGACAACGGGGGCUGGACCGUCAUCCAGAGCAGGAGAGACGGAUCAGUUAACUUCUUCAGGAACUGGGAUAACUACAAGAGCGGCUUUGGAAACAUAGACGGGGAAUACUGGCUCGGUCUGGAAGUGAUCUACAAACUUGGUAGACAGGGGGACUACAAGCUGCUGGUGGAGCUGGAGGACUGGAUGGAUAAGAAGGUCUACGCUCAGUACAGCAGCUUUCAUCUGGAACCUGAGAGCGAGGGCUUCCGUCUGCGCCUCGGUACCUACCAGGGCAAUGCCGGGGACUCCCUGAGCAGCCACAACGGAAAACAGUUCACCACUCUGGAUCGAGACAAGGACGGCUUCACAGGUAACUGUGCCCAUUUCCACAAAGGAGGCUGGUGGUACAACGCAUGCGGCCAAGCCAAUCUUAACGGUGUCUGGUACACCGGGGGUGUCUACAGAAGCAAAUUCCAAGAUGGCAUCUUCUGGGCCGACUACGGUGGAGGCUUCUACUCCAUGAAGUGUGUUCGAAUGAUGAUCAGGCCCAUAGACUGAGGAGAUCCUGCACGAUGUGCUGAUCCAGAAUGGGCCAGGGAAAACACGAACCUCAUUAACCUUUAAUAGUGACUUGAACUGCCUCUUAUAAUGGACACAAACUCUGCGUGAAGACUGUUCUUUUUACAUCGUAAUAUAUGCACACAUAGAAGAAUGUAGGGUACAUUACUUUUUAUAUUGUGCCAUGCAAACUUUUUAACCACCAAAUACACAUGUAAUGAAAGGAAAAUUUGAAUAGUUUCCAAAAUUUUGCAGCUAAAUAAUGCAAGAUGACUUUCUUGUUGAGAGACCGCAGAGUUUGCCUCAUUAUGUGGUCACCCUGCAGAGUCGGGACACCACAUCCUCACAGAACUUCACUGUUAGGAUUCAUUUAUAAGCUUUAGUGUCAUGGGAUCUAUGAGAAUGUCUUCCUACCUCUCCAAGAUAAACUUCUGGGAGGAAAUACUCAUUCAUGGUAUUUAACUAGUUUCUGGAAGGUGAAAAAUAAGUUACAGUAUCUAUUCUGUAACUUACAGUAUCUAGACUCUGUAUCCUCUUUCCACAUCCGAAAAGACGGAUUCUUCAAGGAUUUGGAGGUUUAAUUACACAUUAUAUGUACAGCUGGUUCCACAAAAAACAUACUGAUUCUGUCGUUGCUCUUGAAAAUAUCUUUAGAGUGUAUGUUAAAGUACUUGGUGCAAAUGCAGAUGACCGGUAAUGAUAAUUUAUGUGUAUAAUUAACUUAUCAUAACAUUGAAAAGGGCCAGGUGUCCAGAGGGAUCCAUAAAUGAUCCUACAGAAGACUAAUUUCCUCUGCUGUAUAUGUGACAAUCAUUCUCACAGUGUGCCUGCACGGAUGGAAAUAUCUCUAUGUUUUUCUCAUUUGGCUGUUGAUUAAAUUUCAGUAUGAAUCUGGGAAAAACAAGCAUUGUCGAGUUGAAAAAAAAAUGUUUUGAGUGGUUUUCGAGCACGACAAAUAUGCCGACAGAGUGCGUAGAGAGUUAAAGACGGACAACGAGAAACACAUUGCUGAAAGCCAGACAGGAUGGAGGAGGAAGAGGAGAGGAGGGAGUGAAAGGGAUGAACUGGGAUGGCAUCAGUCCAAAUUUCCAACUUUUCUUUCCCCCGCCUCUUCCUUUUAAACACAUAGAAAUUUACAUUCUUUCCACACAAAAGUGCUGAAACUGUGUGUUUUUUGUGAAAAUAUCUCUCAUUGAGGAGUCACGGGUGCCUGCGCUCUUUAAUGAAUAGUACGGAAAGAAAGCGACAUCAUUGUGGGGAGAAGCGUCCCAGAGGAGAGGGUAUACAGAGGGGAGAGGGUUUGAUGUGGUGGGUUGGCUUUGAACAACAACGCUACAUCCUGCAGGCCUUAGUCUCUGAGACAAAAAUAGUCCCUCAUACUGUGUUUUUUUUUUGUUGACCACAACAGCCCUCACACCCAUUUCUUCAAGAAACUUCAUAAAGACACAAAAGCAGGAUACCGGUCAAACCCAGCUGGACGUGGAACCGCGUUUAUGAACAUGUAAAAGAGCAGCGACUAAUAAAAACAGCUCAGUAAUGUGAAGAAAGAACAGCAGUAAAAGCUCUAGUCACUGAGUCACAAUACUUGGCAGACCAAUAUUACACAACCGAGCAUCAAUAAACGGAGAACAUUUAGGGUCACAUCAGGGGACGCUGUUGUUUAUUUAGACUCAAAGUAUCCUCUUUCAAGUGUUGUACCAAUUUACACUGUUUACCGACUCAUAAUUAGUGCAUGACUUGUUAUUUUCUUAGUCUUUGACUGCAUGCAAAUUCCAAAUUUAUCUUGUGGACAUGAAUCAUGAAGAGGAAACAGAUACUGUAAGUCAUUUUGGAGGCAGAUGCCAAAGAACAUUUCCAACUGGAAUCAUGAAGCAACACUCUGUUCAACAAUAAUAAUAACACGUUUUAAUAGCUGGUUGGGCUUAUUUGGUUAAGAAAAAAAAGUUGUUGGGACGCAGAUGAAACCAUCACAGAGUCAUCCUGUUUCCUGUUUCAACACAUUUCUGUGGAUGACUUGGUAAGGGAUAGUCAUCAGUUCAAGUCUGGUUUUCAGCUACACACAGCUUUUAAUGCCUCUGUGCUGGCACCAGUCCUGGACAGACGGAUUAGGUUUUCAGGUUGCCUGCACAUCCAUCUGUAUGUACGUCUGUGCCAUUUUAUGCUUUCACUAAAGAACGCUUGGAGGGAUUUUCUUCUAACUGUGCACAAAUGUCCUCUCUGAUUCAAUAAUGAGGUGAUUAGAAUUUGGAGGUCAAAGGUCAAGGUCACUGGCCCUCACAUUCACCCCUUGCUUGUGAACACAUUAGGCAUUUUCCAAAUCAAAUUCUGCUAAAAAAAAACACUAAGCCUAUGGUGGUGUGGCACUUCUCUGUGUCAACCUUGUUCCUGUACAGCUCUGGCCUCCUGAUGGCCAUCCUCCAGGAUUGUGCCAGGCCCAUGCCCCAUCUCUCCAGAUAUCUUCCCGGUUGCCCCUCUACAACCAGGUCCUGGGCACCCAAUAUGCAGCGAGCUGGAUCAGGCCCAGUAAAGUGCGCCAGGUGCCUGCAAAAGUGCAGCUGCCAUUCCUGUAUCAGGUAGCUGACCUUUCCACUCCCUGCUCUCCUUAGCACAUCAGUAUUACACACACGCUCUUGUCCAUGAUACCCAAAGAUGUGCCAAAGAGAAGUUGUCACAAAGGAGUCCAGCUGUCACCCCUGGCCAUCAGUCAAAAUCCAGGCCUCUCAAGAAUACAGUAAGACUAGAAAGACCAAAGACCUAAAGACUCUGACUUUCGUCAGCAUGCUCAGAUAUCAAGAACGCCACACUUGGACAGGGACUGUGUGAUCCCAAAGAUGCUUGAUGGGAUUGCGGUCAUGGCCAGUCAAGUUCUUCCACACUGAACUCAUCAAACCAUAUCUUUAUCAUCUUUGCUUUGUGCACUGAGGAACAGUCAUGUUGGAAUAGAAAGGGUCUUCCCCAAACUGUUGCCACAAAGUUGGAAGCAUAAUAUAACAUAAACACUUCAGCUUCUAAUAGUAUCACUUAUAGUUGAGUGUGGAAUAUCCAGCAGGGAUGACAUUUCCUGAACCAUCUUAUUGCAAAGGUAGCAUCCAUCGCAGUACCAUGCUUGAAUUCCCUGAUCUCUUCAGAACGACCGAUUUUGUCUCAAGAAUGUUUGCAAAUAGAGACUGCUGGCUAGGUGUUUGAUUUUAUACACCUGUGGCAACAGGUCUGAUUGAAACACCUGAAUUCAAUAAUUAACAGGUGUGGCCAAAUACUUUUGUACAUAUAGCAAAUGGGGGGCAGCUACUGUGAACAUCACCAAUAGUAUCAAAUAUGUUUUGUUGCCCAGACAGAUUAUUUUGGUAAGGAAAGUGAGAAAAAUAGCUCUUGUGAAGAUAGAAGUUGCUGAACUUCGGCCUAUGUACCAUUCUUAUGACAUUAUGUGGUUUAUUUCAGAAAAUUGUAACUUCAGAUGGUUUGAUUAGGAAACUUUACAGGGACUGUUAUCAUAUCAUUAUGUUUUCAGACAAUAUGAGGAGGAGGAGAGCACAUCGUCAGAAUUUCCAGCACAAAAGCCAUGAACAUGUGUUCAUUUUUUUUUUGAGGGAGUAAUGCCCAAAGAAAAUACAAGUUAAUUUAAUUCGCUAGUAAAAAGCUUUCAAAUUUCUGUGAUAAUGGCCCAACAUCUGUUUGCAAUUUGCCGCUAUAAAGAACAUGGAUAAAGAAAAAAAGGCAGUUUAACCAUUGUUACUUCUGGUAAGUGCGAAACAGCAGUGCCCUGUUGACUUUGGUACUGGGUAGUGCAUUAAAGCAUACUGCAGUAAAGUACACUGACUGAAGUAUGCAAUUUAAAACACUCGAUAUCUCAAGAAUGCUUGGAGGAUUUUCUCAAAACUUUGCACAAUGGCCACUCAGCCUUGAGGAUGAACUGAUUACAUUUUUGGGUCAAAGGUCAUUUGGCCUAUUUUCAACCUUUGUUUGUGAGCAAUAUCUCCAGAUUGCUUUAAGGGAUUUUCAUUAAGAUAUGCAUGAAGGUCCACUCUGACUGAGGAAUGAACAGAUUAGAAUUUGGAAGUCGAGGUCAAGGUCAUUGGGCCUCAUGUUCAUCCAAGAAUGAGUGGAAGGAAUUUCUUUAAACUUAGGACAAACAUCAACUCUGACUCAACGAUGAACUGAUGAGAAUCUGGAGGUCAAAGGUCAACAUCAUUUGGCUGCCUGUUCAUCCCUUGCUUGUGGAUAAAGUAUCUUUAAGAAUACUUCAAUGUUUUUUUCCUAAUUUUGCCAAAAAUGUCCACUUAUACUCAGAAUAAAACCUGAA